AAUCGCCAAGCCACUCUUCACUCUCUCCUACGCUGACCCGAGGCGAACGGAGUGUCAACAGCAGAGGCUAUUUUUAUAACUCCCUGGACUGCAACAGAUUUGGUUGAUUUAUUUGGGCAUCGUUGGAAGACAUCAUGGGUGCACUUUCAGGCGCAGAGCUCUGCAUAAAGUAUCUUCUAUUCACCUUUAAUUUCGUGUUCUGGCUUGCAGGAACAGCCGUGCUGGCCGUGGGCCUGUGGCUGCGGUUUGACAAGAGAACAGAGGGGCUGUUUGCUGAUACAGAGUCUCCCUCUGUCUUUUUCACAGGAGUGUAUCUCCUCAUCGUCGCCGGAGCGCUCAUGAUGGUUGUGGGCUUCCUGGGAUGCUGUGGUGCCAUCCGGGAGUCGCCUUGCAUGCUGGGAUUGUUCUUCUUCUUCCUCCUGUUGAUCUUCGCUGCGGAGGUGGCUGCAGGUAUCUGGGGCCUGUCCAACAAAGGCAAGGUGGUGGAAGAAAUUCAGACGUUUUACAGAGAGACUUAUCAAAACUACAUAACGACCAAACAGGAUGCCCUGAAGGCCACUCUGAAAGCCAUCCAGUUUGGGCUUGACUGCUGUGGGCUCACCGGGACGAUUGCAGAUGCCACACUGGCCUCAGACACCUGUCCCAAGAAGGAAGGGUUGGAAAUGCUCAUCACCACGAGUUGCCCAGCUGCAAUUGAUGAGAUGUUCGGCUCCAAGCUUCAUGUGAUAGGAGGAGUUGGCAUUGGGAUUGGCGUCAUCAUGAUCUUCGGCAUGAUCUUCAGUAUGCUGUUGUGUUGCGCCAUCAAGAGAACCCGGGAUAUUGUGUAAGGCCGUCAUCACCAUGGAAACUCCUGAUCCAUGCUGUUAAUUUAUCCAGUGUGUGUGCGUUUGCACAAAUGCACGCACACGUGUGUGUUUGUUUGUAUGCUCAUAACUACAGUUUGAGGAUCACUGCUUCAACAACACGUAUCCCUGUUGUCUUGUUUUGGUCAUCAAAUGCCAUGUACCCCAAGCUAUUAGAACAUUAAUGAACUCUGUAUUCUAGCACACCACAACGCUCCUUGAGGGGUUGGGGGUAAGCCUCAGAUGGGGAAAGCCUAGUCUCCCAGUCUGGCCUAAUCUACUGUAUAUGUUACUAUAAACAGUCCAAACCACUGAUUUAUUUUACUCUUAUGUUCCGAAGGCCUGCCUCAUGUACAUGCUUUAUAUUUUGGUGUGAAAGAGUCGCUUUUGAGUACUUUUUGUUUUGCUAUAUAUGGUGCAUUUACCCAGAGAUGUCUUUAUUUCUUAAGCCAUGAAUUAACUUUUUUUUUUUUCUAAUGUUUUAAUUUUUGGAGAUCUGAUUUUAUAAACACAAUUUUAUGUAUCUAUUUUGAUGAACAAAAAUGAUGUGUAAUAGUCCUGAAUUACAAAUUAAAAUGUUCUAAUAGAUCUAAA